AUGGAUGAGGAUCUAGAGUCUUCAUUUCCACAGUUCAUAUCCUUCUCCCUUGCAUAUAUUGCCUCCCGUCACUCCAUGGCCGGGUCCUCUGAUAAUCAAAGCUCCUGGGAUGUCCAGUCUAAGGAUGCAAAGCGUCUACUAGCGGAAGAUCAAUAUGAUGAUUGUACUGCCUGCAGAGUGACCGGUUCCGCCGCAUUUAUUGGUCUCGGUGUAUACAGCUACUAUACGGGGAUGAGCAAUCUCCGAAAGCAAGAGAAGGCAGGCUUACUGAAUGCAACAAAAUAUAAGAUGGGCUCUCGACAGUUGGGCAUUGCAGCUAUCUCUGCGACACUUGUGGGCAUGGGAAUAUAUAGGGCCCUCAAUUGA